AGGUUUCCUUUGCCUGAUCUGUAAACAUGUCCACAGACCUGCUAUGGUGUGAGGAUUGCGGUAAAAGCCUUAUAGGAGAAUGCAAACUCCACGGACCACUCAUCAGGGCUAAAGAUAGGGUUAUUCCUAGCCGAGCCCGUCUCACCCUACCUCAUUACCUGACUUUGCGAGUGUUGGAGCUGCGAGCUGGAAACCAGCAGAUCCUUGGAGUAUUUGCAAAGAAAGUAAUACAGAAGAGAACACAGUUUGGUCCUUAUGUUGGUCAACUGUCUACAAAACUGACCCGCUAUGAUGAGAGCAGGCUAGUCCUGCAGGUAUUGAAAGAUGGAGGGAAGUACUUUCUGGACACUCCCAAUGAAGACUGUGGAAACUGGAUGAUGUUUGUCCGGCUAGCCCGGAACCAAGAAGAACAGACCCUUGUGGCUUAUCAGCACUGUGGAGAAGUCUACUUCACAACUGUUAAGCCAAUUGAACCCCACACAGAAUUGAAAGUAUGGUAUGCUGCCGAUUAUGCCAAAUUUAUGGAAGCUUCUGCAGUCUUCAUUAAAGAAGAAUCUGACGUCUGUCCUUUGCCUCCAGUAGCAAAAGAGCCUGUAGACCCUUGGAUGUGCUCCAGCUGUAGAAGCACUUUUGCAACUUUUGCUCUGCUAGAAUCUCACCAGUGCACGCAUAAAGACCGAGUCCUUACCACCAGGUUCAGACCACCAAAUAAAUUGGGACCUGUAAAAGCAAAAAGCAAACUCAAAGGGAAACUGAGAGGAGCAGCAUUAGGCAAAAGCAUUGCUCAGUGCUACGGGACCAUUUCUUGCUCCUCUGCUGCAAAGCUUAGCUGUGCCAGCUCAGGAAGCAAUUGCGAUGCUCUUGUGAGGUUUAUACCUAAAUGGAGAAAUGGCCGGUCUUCACUGUUGAAGGGAAGAGAAGUGAAGCAGCCGGACGGUUACCCUUGCCGACUCUGUGGGAAGAUAUUUGAUUCCAUUGACAAGCUUACAGUCCACACUUACGUGCACAAAGGGGAGCGCCCCUACAAGUGUUCGCAGCACGGAUGCACGAAAGCCUUCAUUUCCAAAUAUAAACUGCUCAGGCACUCAGCCACUCAUUCUCCACAGAAAUCUCACCAGUGUGGCUACUGUGAAAAGACCUUUCACAGGAAAGACCAUCUAAAGAAUCACCUUCAGACUCAUGACCCUAACAAGAUGGCUUUCAAGUGUGAAGAGUGUGGCAAGAAAUACAACACCAAGUUAGGCUAUAAGAGACACUUGGCUCUUCAUGCAGCCACCAGUGGGGACCUUACCUGUAGGGUAUGUGCCCAGGAGUUUGGCGGUACCGAAGUUUUGUUGGAACACCUCAAAAGCCAUGCAGGUAAACCAACUGGCAAUACCAAGGAAAAGAAACAUAAGUGUGAUCACUGUGAGCGUCACUUCUAUACCCGUAAAGAUGUGCGGCGUCACAUGGUAGUUCACACAGGCUGCAAAGACUUUCUAUGCCAGUUUUGUGCCCAGAGGUUUGGGCGGAAGGACCACUUGACUCGCCAUACUAGGAAGACUCAUCCACAAGAACUUCUGAAGAGCAGGUUGCAGAAUGGUGACUCAGUGGGUCUCCUUGACCAGCUUUUUCCAUUCAAACUGAAGGAAGAUGCCAGCAUACUGUCCCCUUUUCCUGAAAGGAUCUCUGUGCAGAAUGGGAUUUUGAAUAGUUCGGAAUCAGAGGGAUACAACUGUUCACAUGUUCAUUCCCAGCCAAGCUUACAAACUGCUCUUCCUCUUGAACCUUCUCCUCAUUUGCAAAGGAUGGGCUGUGCAGACAGCCUUCCAGCUGUCCAUCCCACACCAUGCUCAACAGCUGUUCCUGCCAAUCUGAACCUUCAUCAGCCUAAUAAAUACGACCUUAAUUCUACCUCAUUUGCAGCAGGAUCCCUCAAGAAUCUACCAAUAAAAGUGGACGUUAAAGGUUACAAUGUGCAUCUUCUUGAGGACCUGCCCUUACCAGAACCUCAAUCUCUCCACAAAAUCAGCCUGGAAGAAGCUUCCUCAGGGCCUGUAGGGGAUACUAACAAGUACCCAAUGCACAAGGAGACAGAGGCAGCAGCUGAAACUACGAGCCUGCCUUUCAUGGAUCUCACUCAUGUGAUGGGUUUCUGGCAGCUCCCACCAGGUGACAACCAGAACACUACUGGGGACAUCACAACGGCAUUUGGUCCAGAGGAACCGUCACACAGGCUGAAUGGCCUUGGCCAGCAGCAAGGUCUUCAGCUAGCAACUGGUGGGAUGGCCAUAAACCAGCUGCAUCAUCUUCCUCGCUCCUUUCCGUCCACUACAAAUUCUGUAACGUUGCCUCAUUUUCACCAUGCCUUCAAAUAACUAUCACCGUGGGUUGUUUUGGUUUUGUUUUUUUUCCUUCUUUCUUUAAGACUGUGCUUCUUACUUAAAUUUGUUAGGAUGGGGUAUUUUUUGUUUGGUUUGGUUUUUAAGAAAAACUGCCCCAAAUGUUUCAAAGCACAUUAUGAAGAUGGUAGUUAAAUUCAGGAUGUUAAUAAACAAGAAGCUCUAUUUUUCAUACUACUAUUAGGUUUUUAGCAUAUGACAAUAGUAGGACUAACGUAUUUCCUUCGACACCCUCAAUACUGUUGUUUCUUACCUUUCACGCAAACAACUGAAUAAAUACCUUCAGUGAUAACAAAGCAUCAUAACAGGCACAAUAAAACUAUGGCUGCUGCGGUAGGAGAAAUAGGGUUAGGAUGAAGGGGAAGAAGGGGGAAAUCACAGAAAAAUAAUUUUAAUGAGCCAUAAAUCACAGCAAAUUUAUAUACAUGGCAAAUGUAACAAACAAUUUAUCUGUCAAGCACUUAAUUACUGAAUUUUAUGAACCUUUAAUUUAAAUCAGAAUCAUUCCAAGAGUAAAUCUUACCUCCUUGUUUCACUUUUUUAAAUCAAGAAGAUCACUAUCGUGAUUACAUUUAACUAGAUUUUGUUUUCAGAAGCAUACUUCAGCUGUGUGCCUCUCCUGCAUUUUGCAUGACUGUGUAAGAGCCAAUGCCUUGUAUAUGUGCAGUUUUCAGAAUGGAAAGUGAAUUGUCUGAAAGGUUAGAGCAAAACAUUAAUUUUAACAUAGAGCUGGAUCUGGCAAGGUAUCAGACACUGGUCUUUCUCUAGUAAAGCACUUAAGCGUUUGCUUAAAUUUAAGCAUAUGUUAUCCCAUUGGGUCAACGGCUUGCUUGAUUUAACACUCAAUAAAAAAUAAUGCUUUCUACCUAAGGGGCCUUUAUUCACCUUUUGUUGAUAAAAAUGGCCUUUGUUUAGUCUGGGAAAUUAUUAUUAAUAGCAGCCAUCCGAAAUGUGGAUUCCUUCAUGGAAAGCCAGCCCUGGCCCUGGGGAGCCUGCAACCAAGUGGGACCCCUUGGACCACACCAGGUCCACUCACAGAAGGGUUGUGGUGGUGAGCUGACACUGGGCCCUGUUCAAAACCAGGUUAUGAACCUGCCUGAGAGGUGUCACCUGAAAUGAGUGGUGUCUCCUCCUUGCCCCACUCCCUGUGCCGUGGAUAAUGCUUGAGCCAUUUGAACCACAGGGCUUUUGCUCAGUAGCGUUGGGACAGCUGCAGUUGGACUUCCAGCCUUUGCUGCUUCUAAACCAGAACCACGAGGACGUCUGUUUGUUUCGUGGGGGAAAUUGUCCAUGUACAUUUCCAGUUGAUGGUGUGACAGUCCUGGCACCUGAUGCAGGAACAAGCAGAAAUUUAAAAAAAAACACAUCUCCCUGUAGAUGUCGCAAUUAAAAAAACCCACCACCACAAACCAACAAACUCAUCAUCGUUUACUUUCUUGCCUAACCCAUAGUUAAAAAAAAAAGUAAGUUAGGUUUUAGUCAAUGAUGCAGUUACUAAUGGAUUCUGUUGCAGCUAAAACAGACACAGGAUUUCUGAAUCGGACUAAAUUCUCAAACCUAGGGAGCCACUCUUCCAUUAAAUCCAAAGUGAGUUAAUAGUACCUGCUGAUCAUUACAAAUAUAACAUGAAGCAAGUGUGUUCUCUUCUCCCCAUUAAUCACAGGAAUAGUUCCAGGCAGCUUCAAAUUAAAAGAAAAAAAUAUUUAUGUGAUUGAUUGAUUGAUUGCUAUUUUGCUGUUAGUGAACUACACUGACAUUGUACAGCUACAAUGAUCUGAAUAUUCUCACAUCUUUAUCGGUUCUUGGAUUAAGGAAAGGUUGUACUAUUGCAGUUCAUGGGUGAAUAUGUUCUUCAGAUAGACUGCUGAGGGGUACUUUUUGUUAGGAAAAUUUUUGGCACAUGGCAAACCAGAAGGAAUUUUUAAGAUCAUUCUUGUAAUGACAGCAGCAGGAGGAAGAGCAGGUGCUGCACAGUCAUGCCCGGUUAGCAGUUAUUUAAAUUAUGAGUUCCAGAAUUGGGGAAAAAGGUUGCAAACAAUGUUAUAUGCCCAUAUAUAUGUAUAUAUAUGCACAUAUAUGCUGGGCUCGUAUCUUCAUCCAGACUUGGAAAGGUGCGUGUAUAUUCCCUUACUGCAUUGUUUUCCUUGUUCGUGCAAAUUGUAUUCACUUGGCUUCAAAGCUUAUGUACUUGUAAAAAAAAAAAAAAACACAACAAAAACUACACGGAAACCACCACAAAUUUUGUAGCCCUGCCUAAUCAUAUAUUGUUAAUGGACAUUUUUGUCAUUUUGGUUUGUACUUCUCCAGGCGGUGUAACUAAUUACUGAAAUACAUGGCUUUUAAUUAAAACGUGAUGUUAAGAAGAAAACGUUAUGGAAACCCUGAGCUAGGCUGGUGCCCACAUUCUUUGAGCUGCUUGACUGUAGCUGGGUGCCUGAGCUCUGAGCUGCCAGGAGAGGUGCUGCUGCCUGACCUCAGCCCCUUCCAAAAUGUGGAAAGACGCGGUGGCAGGAGAUGAUUAGCCUAUGUAAGUACAGGUUAAAGACCGAGUCUCAUUCAAGUAAAAAGAAAAUUAACCACUUUUGAUAUUAAAACACUUAAAAAGCACAUGAUGAUGUCUACAAGUGAAACACAGAAGGAAGCCUUAAACGUGUAAUACUGUGGCAUUAACCCUUCAGUCCAUUCAAAUUUCUUUUUCCAGAUUCUUGACAUCACAAAUGUGGAGGAAGGUGAUGAUGUCCCAUCAUGAAGGAAGGCAAGUUAUUUUAGAAGGUUAUGUUUGCAGAAAAAUAAAAGCUUCACAACUUGAGAUAUACCCCUGAGUCAUCUAAUACUUACAAACAGGGCUGGACUUGCCCGCAGCUUUUGUUCGGGGGACUUCUGUGAGCAUUUCUGAGUGGCCAUCAGUAGCUGAGGCUCAUGAAUGCUUUGUUUCUGGGCAAAACAAAUUCUUAGAGCACAGUAGACCUGCCAGCUGUGGGCCUGAGUACCGCGUUCCUGAAAGAGCAAUAGUUUGGUUUUGAUGGGGUUCAUAUCCCAGGCAAGGCAGUGCUAAAGGAGAGAUGCGGGGACAGCAGCAC